CUUUCAGAGUUGCCAUACUGUCGUCUUUCUUUUGCGCAUGCGUAUGGCGGUUGUGUCGAUAAGCUAGCAGAGGCAUCAUCUUAAAACAUGUCAGAAAAAGGAGAAGUUGAUUUAACUCGUGCCAAGCAGAAUACUGGUGUUUGGCUUGUAAAGGUGCCCAAAUACCUCUCUCAGCAAUGGGAAAAAGCGACUGGCAGAGGCGAGGUCGGGAAACUCAGAAUAUGCAAGAAAGGAAACCAAGGAAAAGCAGAGGUGUCUUUCACUUUGAACGAAGAGCUGACUGUCAUCGAGGGCUUAGAAGAUAAGACAGUGUCUGCACCUCGUGAGCACCCGUUCACCAUGCAGUCAGUGGGAGGUCAGACGCUGGCGGUCUUCACUGAGACGUCAUCAGGCCAGUCAGAAGAGAGAUCUGAUGGCAGCAGCUCAGGUUCGGGGGCGGGGGCAGGUCCAGAUAAAAUAGCCUUGGAGGGAGUGGUAGUUCAGAGAGCAGAGUGCAGGCCUGCUGUCAGUGAAAACUAUAUGAGGCUAAAGAAGUUACAAAUUGAGGAGUCCUCCAAGCCAAUCAGGCUGUCACAACAGCUGGAAAAUCCUGUCACCAACAACUACAAACCUGUGGCCAACCAUACUUACAAUGUAGAGUAUGAGAGGAAAAAGAAGGAGGAGGGCAAGAGAGCAAGAGCUGACAAACAGCAGGUGUUGGACAUGUUGUUUUCUGCUUUUGAGAAGCACCAGUACUACAACAUCAAAGACCUGGUGGAUAUCACCAAACAGCCUGUGAUUUACUUAAAGGAAAUUUUGCGUGAUAUUGGCGUCUACAAUGUGAAGGGAACACACAAGAAUACCUGGGAGCUCAAGCCAGAAUACCGACAUUACCAAGGCGAGGAAAAGACUGACGAAUAAUUUCUGACCCACCUUUUGUUAGCCUACUGUCCAACAUCUUGGUUGUACCUCGGAGCCCUCUCCUGAUUUCUUUCCAUUGGGUCUCAAAACACACUGGAUCAUAAGUUUGAGUUUUAGAGGGAGAGGUUGUUGUAUCUCCUUGUUAUUUUGUGGGAGACAAGAAAUGGUACUGGAAAACUAAUUGGGGUUUCACAUUCAAGUAUGCACUGUCUUUUCCUGGUGUAUGUCACAGCUCCAGAACACCCGUGAGGAAAAACCCAUUUAUAUUUGAAUUAGUUGUUCUACCCAUCAGAGGCACAGGACAUGGCACGCUGAUUUUUAGUGUUGACAUGUUUUAAUACUCGGAAACAAGCACAUCCAAAGGUAAACGUCAAAUAGAGGAAGGAUGUGACACAGGUAAUGCCACUCACCACUGAGUGUGUUGAGUUCUUUUUCUAGACUUUUUAUAAUCUGGCUUUUUUUUUUUGGACAUGACAUGGUGCUUUUAAAAACACAACAGGUUUCUGCACUAUGACAUAUUCAACCUGAACUUGCUUUGUCUGUUUUAAGUGCGGUACCAUUGCUGUAUCCCUUUCUAAAUAUGCUUCAGGUGUCUUCACAUUAGCUCAUUUUCACUGUAAUUUUUAAUUGUCUUAUGCAAUAAAUGUGCUUAGUAAAUAAAACUAGAAAUCCCA